ACGACGGCACGGCGGCACGGCGGCACGGCGAACGGCGGGCGGCGAAAUGGGUCUGGCCGGUGGUGAAUGAUUUCCUGCGAUCGGCAAACGAUCAGUCCCAUUUCUACGACGCUCGGUGUUGGAUGCUGCGUUGUUUAGCACGCCACAGCGCACUCUUAGCGAGGACAGGAAGCACAGGCAGUAGCGGCGCACCGGUGGACCGGUCCACUCUCUGAUAAAGGCCAGGAAGAAAAUAUCGCUGCCCGUUGCUUUCGUAUCGCGUGGCAACCUCGAGCGAGUGAUAAGUGAAAGUGUUCGCUCGCGCGCGCGUGUGUGACGAAAAUCGGAUUCGAAUCUGCCGCUACCUGGAUUGUGAGAGAUCCUUUCGUGACGUGCGCCAGACACCUUUGCCAGCUUUUUUUUGAGAUCGUUCAAAUCAAGUUUCGGUCAGCGACAACGACGACGACGACGGUCAACGUGAUUUGCUGUACCGUGCGCGCAGGCAUCGAGUAUAUAUUUUUAGUUCGAACAGUUCGACGUCCUUCGAUACCCGCGUAGCCAAGCCUCCUUCAGAGCUACCGAUUGUUUGCGGUACUCUAGCCCACGUGCAGCAGCAUCCGUUUGAACGUGUGGAAAGAAAGGCGACAAAAUGAGCAAAUACGCUUGGGUGACGCUUGCCACAAACGACUCCUACUCCCUGGGAGCCCUGGUGGUGGCAAACUCACUGAAGCGGGUACACACCGCUCACCAGCUGGCCGUGCUCAUUACACCCGGUGUGUCUGAGUCCAUGAGGACAAAGCUGCGCGCAGUGUUCAAUCUGGUGGACGAGGUGAACCUGCUCGAUUCGAAGGAUGAGGCGAACCUGGCGCUACUCAAGCGCCCCGAGCUGGGCAUCACCUUCACCAAGCUGCACUGCUGGCGGUUGACGCAGUACGAGAAGUGCGUGUUUCUCGACGCGGACACACUUGUGCUCCGGAACUGUGACGAGCUGUUCGAGCGCGAAGAGCUAUCGGCCGCCCCGGACAUCGGGUGGCCCGAUUGCUUCAACUCGGGCGUCUACGUGUUCCGGCCGAGCCUGGAAACAUUCGCCAGCCUGCUGCAGUUUGCCGUGACCAACGGCAGCUUCGACGGUGGCGAUCAGGGCCUGUUGAAUGCGUACUUCUCCGAUUGGGCCCACAAGGACAUCCAGAAGCACUUGCCCUUCGUGUACAACACCUCCUCGGUGGCAACGUACUCGUACUUGCCUGCAUUUAAACAUUUUGGUCAGAACACAAAAAUUCUUCACUUCAUCGGAGUCUCGAAACCGUGGCUACAGAACUUUAACUCCGAGACGCGCAAAGUCUACGUACCGUCCGAGUGUCAGCAUCUGGCCAACUUUCUGCAGUACUGGUGGGACAUAUUCUGCGAGGAUGUCCACUCCAGGCUGAGCUCCGACAUGCAACAAGCCUUUAGCCGCUGGAUAGCGCCCGCCAAAAAGCAGGUUAGUGGUGGCGGAAAUCAGUACCGUUCCACCGGCACGAUCUGGCACGAUGUAGGCGCUGACGGUGGCGGAACGGACAGGCACGUGUCGUCGUCGAACCAGCACGAUCAACAGCAGCAACAACGCGAGCAAUUUAAUCCAUCGUACGAUCCGGUGGUCCCGGUGUAUGUGGAUCCUUGGGAAGAGUAUCUACGAAAACAGGAUCUCGAGUGCCAGCAACGAAAGCACGAAGAGGAACGACUGUAUUUUCAAUACCUCAAUGAAUUGCGCGCCCAGGAACAGGCACAAAGCCGCGCCGGGUACGAGCAAUGGCUGGAGAGCCAGCAACAACAGCUGGAAUCGCACCAUGCCGAUCAUCAUCACCAAGAUCAUCAUCAUCAUCACGAGCAUGGCCAUCAUCAUCAGCAAGAACACGGUGAUGCUGCACUGCACUCGGGCGUGCACCAUCAGCAUCACGAGGCUAAUAUCUUUCAGCGCACAGAGCAGUGGGUAGAUCGGAUGAUGGAACAGCACCAACAGAAUCAAGGGCACUGGGAAACGGUUCAACCGACCACCGGUCAGGAAGACCACCACCAUCACCAUUCCAACAGUGGAGGCCAUGAACAACAACCACCAACAAACAUGGGAACGGGUACUCCUUUCGGUGGGAAUCGGUCGGAUGAUGCCAACAAUCGAAACCAACACGGUGCUGCUGCUGCUGCUGCGCCACCACAUGCAGAGACGAGCCAGUCCGGACGACCACCGGGUGUUGUGGUGCACCAGGAUGAGGUCGCAAAACGGUCGCCUGCUGAUCACGACAGUGGUGGUGGCGGUGGUGACGGAACUUGGGGUGGUCAAAGUGGUCCUCACGAGGACGCGUGUGGCCUUGCCGGUGCACUGGCUCAGCUUCACCUUGGCGAAGCAAAGUCCCAGGAACAGGAGGCCUACCAAGAGCACAUGCGGCGUCAGUGCUGGGAAACGGGUAACAUCGACUACAUGGGACGGGAUUCGUUCGACAACAUUUGGCGACGCAUCCAGCAAACGCUCACUGCUGGUGGCGCCGCUGCAACGACGGCGACGACGAGCACGGGCGACGAUACGACAAGUGCUUCACCACCAGCAGCACCGGUGGUGAGCGCAGCGCCGCCAUCCCGCCGUUCGCCACGCUCACGAUCGACCACACCGAAGCGGGACGCACGGGAGCGCUCCCCGACGCCCCAACCGGAGGACAAGGUUCCGGUUGAGAAGAAGGAAGCUCAUGUCGUUCCGCCGCCAGCGAUUGCCGAGGAAGACGACAGUGCCCUGAGCAGUUCGGUAGUGGACGGUUCUAGAUUAGCACAGCACCGCCACCCAAAGUUGCCACCACCAAUCCAAUACGAUCCGACCACCAACACGACCACAUUGACCAAGAAAGUCUUUGCAGGAUACCAGCAGAUCAUAACCACCAAGAGCCCGGAAGGAAAAACUCGCACCCACACGAAGCUCGUGUACGAUCCCAGCGUUGACGACGAGGAGGACCAGGCACAGCCAUCACAGGCAGCGGCCAAAAUGUCUUCCGGCCCGAAGGAAGAAGAUGUCCCAGACGGGGUCCCGCGUAUUGGCGCAGGAUCAGUUAUGCCGGCUCCGUUGAAACAGAUUGCGUCGGUUGGAGCAAGUGAACCGGUGAAAUCCAGGCCUCUGGAGAGCGUCGUACAGAGCAAGCCCAAAGCUGCUGCUGCUCCGCCACCCACUCCUGCCAGCUCGAUGGAUCAACCCGCGCCAGCUAAAGCACCAGCAGCACCGCAACAACAGGUGGCCCAGGAGUCGCUGACAGGUAAAGGAUCAAGUGCAUCAACCAUCGACUCAACGCAGCCGACUAAAACGGUGCGCAAAAAACGAACCAUUUCACCACCGUCGCUGGCAAAGACCAACAACAUCACCACCAACAAACCGUCGGAUCAGUCGUCGGGUGAAACACUUCAGUCACUACAGUCACCACAGUCUCCGCCAAUCCGUGCGUCGAAAUCAUCCACGGCGGCAGCGAAGCCAUCCGGUUCAAGUAAUCGAUCUUCAGCCGCCACAAUCGGGGCAUCGUCCAACAAAACGGCGACGAUCGCCGGUCAAACGGCCAAGCCCUCCGCCAACUCCACGCUGCCAUCUCGUCCUGCUGUCGCCAUCGCCACUGCCGACUCACUAACCGAAGCUCGAAGCUCGUCAUCACAACCAUCGCCACCGCUUUUGCCUACUCGUUCCGUUCCGCCGACGGCCCCGAAACCACAGGACGUUUCGACGGUGGCCGACGCCACGAAGGCUGUUCCGACGCCGCCCGUACCGCCACGGCGUAAACGUGAAUCUAGAACGGCACGUUUAGCACGACUCUUACGAACGUUUUGUACGAUCUUGUAGGAAACGCUCGGUUUGGCGUUGCAAUUCUAUCACUUUCCUACCUUAAAACCAAACUCACCACCAAACUGGUCUGUGGGUCUAAAUCCAAACCACCUAGCCUAGAUCACUGCGGUUUAGGUUUCCCCGGUUUUUUUUGACAAACAUUCUCGCGAAUCUUGUGAAAUAUAGCAGCAAGAACUGAAGUUCCUGUCUUUCAAAAACCCAUUGUUUUGUCGAGCGUUAGCGUAGCGUAAGUCUGGAUGAGAUCAGUCGCUGAUCGGUAGAGGAUCGGUGUUUGAAAUGCAUUUCUCAUUGCUGUGCGUGCUGUGAUAAACGAGCGUCGCACUGGUCGUCGCCGAAUG